UCCCAUUUUACAAACUGCCGAUCGAGGAAACUCCCUCUCUCUCUCCGCGCCUCGCCGCGCCGCUGCUCCACCUCGCCGCUCUGCAUCGCGCCUCCGCCUCCACAUCUCAUAUACCGAUUUCGAUUAUGAUAAAAUCUGUAAGCAAUCAUUGUAUAUAGAAAUGUAUUUGUAUAUGUGUGGAGUAAGGAUGCUGUUGGAGUAUAUCUGUAAGGAAGAUAUUUUUGCGGUGAAUUAGGGCUUCUCUAGAGAAUAGGUUAUUUUGCAACAGAAUGUAACAAACUGAAGAAUUCUAAAAGCAAGGAGAGAUCUCCGAUCCUAAAAAGUAGAAAGCGAGCAAUAAAUUAACAGAAAUCGUUGACCUAAUUGCUUCGCCAAGUGUGUGUGUGUGUGAGAGAGAGAGAGAGAGAGAUCAAUUGUAGACUAGUACGGUAGAGUUUUUGUGUAAGAAAUGGAGAGGUUGGGAUCGGAGGAGGAGAUUGACUCGCCCUUCAAGGAGGCACUGAACAAGGUGGUUCCCGCCAUGGUGGUCCUCCGCACAACUGCAUGCCGUGCCUUCGACACUCAGUCGGCCGGUGCGUCAUCCGCCACGGGCUUCGUGGUGGACAAGUCCCGCGGAAUUAUUCUUACGAACCGCCACGUUGUUAAGCCAGGUCCUGUUGUGGCGGAAGCUAUGUUUGUGAACCGUGAAGAAAUCCCAGUGCAGCCGAUAUACAGAGACCCGGUUCAUGAUUUCGGCUUCUUCCUUUAUGACCCUUGUGCUAUACAAUUCCUCAGCUAUGAGGAGAUCCCUCUUGCUCCUGAGGCUGCAUGUGUGGGGCUUGAAAUUCGGAUGGUCGGAAAUGAUAGUGGUGACAAGGUGUCUAUUUUGGCAGGAACUCUUGCUCGGUUGGAUAGAGAUGCUCCACACUAUAGAAAGGAUGGCUACAACGACUUCAAUACUUUCUACAUCCAAGCAGCUUCUGGGGCGAAAGGUGGUUCGAGUGGCUCUCCUGUGAUUGACAGGCAAGGUAGAGCAGUCGCCUUGCAUGCUGGGGGCAGGGCAUCCGGUGCUUCAGCAUUUUUCUUACCUUUGGAAAGAGUUGUGAGAGCCUUAGGAUUCUUGCAGAGAGGAAGAUGCACAUGGAUUCCUCGUGGUACGCUGCAGGCUACAUUUCUUCACAAAGGAUUUGAUGAGACCCGCAGGCUUGGGCUUGGAAGUGAAACUGAAGAGUUAGUGCGGCUCGCUUCUCCACCUGGUGAAACUGGAAUGCUUGUGGUUGACUCGGUGGUGCCGGGUGGUCCAGCCCAUAAGCAUUUGGAGCCAGGUGAUGUGCUGAUUCGAUUGAACGGGGAGGUGAGUACCCGGUUUCUGAAGAUGGAGACAUUGCUUGAUGACAAUGUCAACAAUAAAAUUGAACUCGAGAUUGAAAGGGGUGGCGAAGCUUUGAGUGUAGAGUUGAGGGUUGAGGAUUUGCACUCGAUCACACCUGACUACUUUCUUGAAGUGAGUGGUGCAAUCAUACAUCCUCUCUCUUAUCAACAGGCCAGGAACUUCAGUUUCCAGUGUGGUCUUGUGUAUGUUGCUAAUGCAGGGUACAUGCUAUCCAGAGCUGGAGUUCCACGUUAUGCUAUUAUUAACAAGUUUGCUGGUCAAGACAUAACAAAACUUGAUGACUUCAUUUCUGUGCUAUCUAAGUUCUCAAGGGGCGCAAGAGUACCAUUAGAGUAUAUCACUCAUACUGAUCGUCAUCAAGGGAAGUCUGUCCUGGUCACAAUUGAUCGUCAUGAAUGGUAUGCACCUCCUCACAUAUACACUCGCAACGACACUACUGGUUUGUGGACCAUGAAGCCAGUAUUAUUAUCAUGUUCUGCUGAGAUGGAACAUGCACUUGAAGAAUCGAUGGAGAAAAUGAGAGUGGAGGAUGAUGAAUCGAGAGAUUUUCAAGUCGCUGAGCGAGUGAUUGAGCCUAGCCUAGUUAUGCUUGAGGUUCGUGUGCCACCAUCUUGUAUGCUUGAUGGUGUGCACUCGGGGCAUUUCAUUGGAACUGGUCUUAUCAUACAUCAUUCUCAAACUAAGGGAUUGGUUGUUGUUGAUAGAAACACUGUUGUGGUCUCUGUAUCUGAUGUCAUGCUGUCUUUUGCUGCUUAUCCAAUUGAAAUUCCCGGCGAGAUUGUUUUUCUCCAUCCCGUGCACAAUUUUGCACUUGUGGCAUAUGACCCUUGUGCUCUUGGUCCUGGUGCUUCGCUAGUUCGAGCUGCUCAACUUCUUCCUGAACCUGCACUAGGCCGUGGAGAUUCUGUGUGUCUUGUGGGGUUGAAUGAGAGUCUGCAGACCACUUGUCGGAAAUCUUUUGUCACCAAUGCUUGUGCUGCUCUUAAUAUUGGCUCAGCUACUGCUCCAAGAUAUAGGGCAACCAAUAUGGAAGUAAUAGAGCUUGAUACAGAUUUUGGAUGUGCAUUUUCUGGUGUUCUCACAGACGAUCUUGGAAGGGUUCAAGCUAUUUGGGGAAGCUUUUCAACACAAUGUAGUGGCAAAAGCCAUGAAUUUAGUCGAGGGAUUCCAAUUUAUACAAUAAGUCACACACUUGAUAAAAUAGUAUCUGCUCCUGCUCGUCUCAUAAUGCCACUUGUUAAAAUACUGGAGGUUGAACUUUAUCCAACUUUGCUCUCGAAAGCUCGUAGCUUUGGCCUCAGUGACUCUUGGAUCCGUGCACUGAUGAAGAAAGACCCUCUUAGGCGUCAAGUUUUGAGGGUCAAAGGCUGCUUAGCAGGAUCUAAAGCUGAAAAUCUACUACAACAGGGUGACAUGGUUUUGGCAAUCAAUAAAGAAGCAGUUACAUGUUUCCGAGACAUUGAAGAUGCUUGCCAAGAAUUGGACGAGCUCAAAGUAACAAUUUUUCGUCAGGGCCGUGAGAUCGAUGUAGUGGUGGGCAUAGAUGUGAGGGAUGGAAAUGGAACCAGACGUGUCAUAAAUUGGUGUGGUUGUGCAAUCCAGGAACCUCAUUCGGCUGUACGCGCCCUUGGAUUUCUGCCUCAAGAAGGUCAUGGCGUCUAUGUGGCAAGGUGGUGGCAAGGAAGUCCAGGACACCGGUAUAAUUUAUAUUGUCUUGUGUGGAUUGUACAAGUAAAUGGGAAGCCAACUCCCAAUUUGGAUGCCUUCGUUGCCGUGAUAAAGGAAAUAGAGCAUGGGGAGUUCGUUCGUGUUAGAACAGUUAACUUCAAAGGAACGUCUCAAGUACUCACACUGAAGCAGGAUUUGCACUACUGGCCUACAUGGGAGCUGCAUUUCGAUCCAGAAACUGGAAUGUGGCAUCGAGCGACCAUCAAAAUGCUCCACUGUAGCAACGCUUUGUGAUUUCUGAGGUUCAAGAAACAAUUUCAUCAGUUGUCAGCGACGAUGCUCUUGGAAUCUUCCCUUCAAUCUGAGAUUAUAGUAUUGCUGGGAUUUUGCUACAACAUUAUGCUCAGUUGUGUUGAACGAGAUUUUCACGAGCAAAAGAGAGGGGGACCACUUACUAUAAGGGUGCGUUUACUUUGAUAGAUAAAUUUAUCAUGAGAAAAGAAGGGAUAACAAAAUUUUAUGGUAUCCUUCAUUUUCUCAUGAUAAAUUUAUCAAUCAAAGUAAACGCAUCCUAAGAAAAAGUUAGCUGAUUUGGUAUAAAAGUUGAACAUAUCUAUCAGCAAAAAUCGAGGAGAGAAAGGAGCACCUGAAGUCUACAACAAAUAAGGGGUAACUUGGUCUUUUCAAGGACUAUUUUUUGGGUAACCUAGCUGCUACAUCUUGGGAAGGCAGCCACAAUUGUCACGGUGAAAGAGAAGCAACUGCCAUUUUGAGGAGAAAGAAGAAAGACCACAUUCUUGAACUAUCAUCUUUGGCUAUUGCUCUGAUUUAUGAAGUUGUAUUUUAAAUUAUGCUACUUUGAUCUCAUGAGCAGACUUGCAUUGUUAUUUUUCCUUUUAAUUUCUGUCAUCUUUGGCUAUUUUCUUUUCCUUACUUUUGAGACUUGGAUUGUUGGAACUCUAUGUCUUAGAUUUGUAAUUUCUUUGCACUUUAUUCUAGUGAAGUUCUCAUUAUGCAUUUA